AUGGGCCCUGGUUACGGAAGCCGAAGUAGGCUGAGCACAGGAUCUGUCCCCCAAAGUUAGCUGCGGAAAUCCAGGAAGCGGUGAAGAGGUUUCUCUGUCUCAAUGGCUUCUGUGGAAGCUAGCAGCUGCGACGGGAAAGGGCAGGGGGUCGAGACCUCCGUCACCUAUUACCGCUUGGAGGAGGUGGCGAAGCGCAACUCCUCGAAGGAAAUAUGGCUGGUGAUCCACGGACGAGUCUACGAUGUCACCCGCUUCCUCGAUGAGCAUCCUGGUGGAGAGGAGGUUCUGCUGGAACAAGCUGGUGUAGAUGCAAGUGAAAGUUUUGAAGAUGUAGGCCACUCCUUUGAUGCCAGAGAAAUGCUGAAGCAGUACUAUAUUGGUGAUGUCCAUCCGAAUGACCUUGAAACUGAAAAUAGUAGCAAGGACACUUCGAAAAAUAAUACCUGCAAAAGUUGCUGGUCAUACUGGGUUUUCCCCAUCGUAGGAGCUAUUCUCUUAGGUUUCCUGUAUCGUUACUACACGUCCGAAAGCAAAUCCUCCUGAGGAGACCUUGUUGAAGUCUGGAAAGCACAUCCACUUGGGAGUGAAAACCAGAGACUUGCUUUGGGGGCUGCAGAAUUGCCCUCUUCUUGAAUCCUGCCAAUUGUAUUCUUCCCCCUUGGAGUCAAGAUGGUUGGCCAGACAUCCACCUCAGACCUGGGACCAGUGUCCUUCAUCUCUGAGAGCCUUACUCCCAGAGCACCUGCUCACUUUUCUGCAUCCUUGCCAAUGUUUCCUUCCUUCACUGCUUCCCGCAACUACCUUUACAUUUCAAAACUUUUUGUUAAUAAUUGUAAUUCAUACAUUGUAGUUACAUUGCCCUUUGGUAAGAAUGGCUGCUUUCCAGUAUUUUAAAUGUGUAUUAGACAUUCUUAGUGGAGUGGCAAACUCUGGUUUUAAAGUUUUCUUUUUCCAUUUUGCUUGUAAGUAAUUUUUUUUUUUUUUUUAAUUCUGGUUUAAUUCUAUUGUUUGCGUUACUCAUCUAAGAGAUUUAAUUCAUGAAGUGUGCACCUACUGCUUAAAACAUAGCUGGCACAUGGAAACACAUGUUUCUUGUUUAUAUUUGUUAAAACCAAACCACCCUGUCUGGUUUUCUAUUCUAUGCUGCCCCCCAAGCUAGUGUAGCAGGUGGCUUUUCCCACCCCCUAAGUCUAGCUCCUAUUUUUCCCAAGUGGUGCUGGACAAAACUAUGCUUCCCUUUUAUUUCUUGGGGAUGGGGAGAGACAGGAGAGGAUGGUGGAUGAAUUGGGAUGAUAGGGCCUGAUGAAUUCAUAGUAAUCUUUCUUUUUAAAAACACCACUUUAGAACAGGAGUUUGGUAAAAGCACCAAAGACUUCAGCCUUCACUUCAGUUUGGCAUGCAUUUCUAGCCAUCCUUUUGUUCCCCUAGCCAUCUUUUAUUGGUAAAUAAAAAUUUGUAAUUAUGUCUAUAGAUCUUUACCAGGGAUUUUUGCCACUUUUUUGUUUGUUUAUUGAUUAGUACACUUUAGAUUAUGCAUUUUACAAAAUUAAAACUCCACAUUGAUUUGAAGGUGCGGUAUUUGAUCUUCUGUUCCCCCCAGUGAAAUACCUUGUGUAGUAAAAUGGCAUUUGAAAGCAGGAGAUCAUAAGAAAAUGUUUUCCAGUUGUCUGUAUUUUACCUCUGUGGCUCUAACUUUUGGUUUUGUACUGUUGUACCAUUGAGAAUAAAAAUCUGGUCAUUUU